CCAUCCUCGGCUCAGCUCCCGCCCCUCCGGGACAGCCUCUCUUCUCUUUCCUAAUCUGCUGCCUGCGGAGCCCGAGCCUGCCCCGGCCCAGGUGGGACACAGAACUGCUCCAGGAUGUUGACGAACUUGCUGUCCCUGCUGCUGCUGCUGCUGCUGCUGCCUGGCUGCGCCUUUUGUAACCAGGAAGAUGGCUCCCAAGGCCUGCAUAUGCUCCAGAUCUCCUACUUCCGAGACCCCGAACACGUGAGACAUCAGGGCAACGCCUCGCUGGGGAAACUCCUGACACACACACUGGAAGGCCCGGCCAACAAUGUCACCAUCCUCCAGCUGCAACCCUGGCAGGAUCCCGAGAGCUGGGCUAACACAGAGAAGGGGCUGCAGAACUACCUGUCUCAGUUCCACAGCCUGGUGCAGCUGGUGUAUCGCGAGCGCAAGAGCAGCGUAGUCUUUCCUCUCACAGUCACUUGCUCCCUGGGCUGCGAGCUGCCAGAGGAGAGCUCUGAAGCCCGCCUCUUCUUCGAUGUGGCCGUGAAUGGGAGCUCCUUUGUAAGUUUCCAGCCCAAAGCCGCCCUGUGGGUGUCAAGCUCCAAGGAGCCCUCCGAAGCAAUCGCCUUCACCCUGAAGCAGCUUAACGCCUACAAUCGAACUCGGUACGAAAUGCAGGAAUUUCUUCAGGACACAUGUGUGCGAUAUGUGGAGAACCAUAUCAACACACAAAACAUGAAAGGAAGCCAAACAGGCCGCUCUUACACUUCGCUUGUCCUGGGUAUCCUGGUGGGCUGUUUCAUAAUUGCUGGUGUGGCCGUGGGCAUCUUCCUGUGCACAGGUGGACGGCGCUGCUGAUCACUGUCCAGUCCCCUCGGAGAAAGAGGUGGA